UUGAAGGGGCAAAAAAAAUACAAAUUCUUGUGAUCAAAGUUCUUUUUAUUUAUGUUUUUUUUCUGAAACCAACUCACAAGUCCCAACUUCCUCUUACCCUCUCAACAAAUCCCUCCCUCCCUCACUUGUCACUCACUUUCUACUACUACACACUCUCAGUCUCUCUCUCUCUCUCUCUCUCUCUCUCUCUCUCUAGAGUUAUAGCUCAUUGUACCAUUUCAUUCUACAACUCUGUGAUUACAAAUUCUAUAAGAAUACAUUAUCGAAAGAAAAUGCCAAGUUCAGGCUCUUUCUUGAGGCAGCUAAGUAGCAAAGAAGCUUGGAGAUCCAAAUCUAACAGGUGGGGUGCUAAUAAUAAAAGCUAUAGCACUUCUGAAGGUGAUAGAAACUGGGGUUUAAUGCAGAUGGAGGGUUUUAACAAUUUUUAUGGUAAUAACAAUGAAAAUGGUGGAUUGAUUAUGAGGAAAAGAGUGAUGGUAGUAGUGGAUCAAACUUCUCAUUCUAAGCAUGCAAUGAUGUGGGCACUCACUCAUAUAGCUAAUAAGGGUGAUUUGCUUACUCUGCUUCAUAUUAUCCCCUCUGCCUCUGAUUCUUCUUCUCCUCCUUAUCUUGCUAAUUCCCUUGGGUCUCUUUGCAAGGCUUGCAAGCCUGAGGUGGAAGUGGAAGCACUGGUGAUCCAAGGGCCAAGGCUAGCUACAGUAAUGAAUCAAGUGAAGAAAUUGGAUGUGUCUGUUUUAGUACUGGGCCAGAAAAAGCCCUCUGCUUUAAUGAACUGCCUUUGUGGGGCCAGCAGCAGUGAGGAGUUUGUGGAGCAGUGCAUUAACAAGGUAGAGUGCCUAACCAUUGGAGUGAGCAAGCAGAGCAAAAGUGUGGGUGGGUACCUUAUUAGCACUAGAUGGAGGAAGAACUUCUGGUUAUUAGCUUAGUUUAAUAAUAAAGUUAGUGACUUUGAAAAGAUAGAUAAAAAGUGUUAUUAUUUAGAUACCCUAAUAUCACCUUCUGUAGACCAUUAAGUGCUAACUAGAUGUUCCUUUUUACUAAUGGCAUGUCAUUAAAAUCUCUCUCCUCUCUAUCCCUCUCAUCUAGUUUGAUAAAACCAAUAGCUAUUGGGCAUCUUAUGUAAUGUAAUAUUAUUAUGGAUGCAAUCCUGAAAUCUGUUUAUUUACUCUCAUUAA